GACAAAGAUGCUAAUCAACCACUAUGAAGUUGCACUGCAAACCCUACUUUUAACGACUGUUGAAUAUAGCUCUAACGAUUCGUGCGUAGGUUAAUGGAUUAAUAGGCCAUAUCUUCCAUACGUCUCAUCCAGUGAGGAUCAAGAAAGGAUUAUAUUAAAAAACAAGAAAACAAUGAAUUUUAUUGGUGGAAGCAACAAGAGGCAAAGCAUAUGUAAAGCGUUUACAUUGAAAUACACAAGACACAAGCCCUAAUUUCUCUCUUUAUACAUACACGUUCUUGGAUACUCACAACGAGUUUUUUUGAACGGGUAAAGAAUAUAGGGAGGUGUAAAUAGCCUUCAAGAUUGCAAGAGGAAGAAGAAGAAGAAUAAAUAUGGGGCUUCUUUCGAACAGAGUUGAAAAGAGCGAGAUUAAAGCCGGCGAUCAUAUCUACACUUACAGAGCUGUAUUUGCUUACUCUCACCAUGGUAUCUUUGUUGGAGGUAACAAAGUGGUCCAUUUUACUCAUUUCAGCACCCCUGAACGUGAGAGUAGUUCGAGCACCUCUGAUGAAAUGUCCGAAAUAGGCUUCUCCUGUGAGACAUAUCCAGACUGCGGCUUCCGACAACCUAAAAGCGGGGUGGUUCUCUCCUGCUUAGAUUGUUUUCUGAGAAACGGGGCACUCUACAGCUUCGAAUAUGGUGUAACCCCAAGCAUGUUCCUUGCCAAAGUACGGGGUGGCACCUGCACCACUGCCACGUCAGAUGGUCCUGAGACAGUCAUCCACCGGGCCAUGUAUCUGCUUCAGAAUGGAUUUGGGAACUACGACGUGUUUCAGAACAACUGUGAAGACUUCGCUUUGUACUGCAAGACUGGGAUAUUGACCGUUGACAAAUUGGGAAUUGGAAGGAGUGGUCAAGCUUCUUCUCUGGUUGGUGCACCGCUGGCGGCUCUUCUCUCUACCCCUUUGAAACUGUUGAUCCCGAGCCCUGUGGGUGUUGCUACAGUGACAGCUGGCAUGUAUUGUAUGAGCAGAUAUGCUACUGAUAUUGGAGUCAGAAGUGAUGUUGUCAAAGUAGCUGUGGAAGAUUUAGCUGUCAACCUUGGCUGGAUGGAUGGUCUACAAGAAGCCUUUCAACGAAACCAAGAUUCAACUUCAAGUCAAGCAAGAAGCAGGUAGCCUAUUCUACUACGUUCAUCACUCAAACAAAAUAAAUAAUAAUACAUUUCUUCCAUGAAAAAUCUUUGAUUGUAUUUGUUUUUGUUUGUUUGUUUGUUUGUUUGUUUGUUUGUUUGUUGAUGCGAACAAGUAUCAUUAUCAAAUAUCAGUUAUCAUCA